GUUUUCAUGAACGGGAAGGAGACAAGCAGGAGAGGCGCGAAUCAUCACCGAGCUGCUGACCGACGACGAUCAAACACAUGUGACCGCUGUGUGCUCGCUCAGUUACUCGCUACACCUGCCGGGAUUACGCACACAGCGGAGGUCUGUGCUCCAUCCAUCCAUCCAUCCAUCCAUCCAUCCAUCCAUCCAUCUCUGUCUGCUGAGAGGAGGAAGAAGAUGGACAACACGGAUCAAGGUGCCCAGAUAGAGCCGCUCCUGCCUACGGUCAGUUCUUCCUUUGGCUCAUCAGUUUGCAGCAGAAGUUUGAGGAACGAUGACGAGGCCGUGGUGGACAGAGGAGGAGCACGAUCCCAACUGGGAACCAACUUUGAGAAGGAAGAUCUUGAAGGCCACAGGACUCUCUACAUCGGGGUCCACGUCCCCUUGGGCAGUACCAGGCACCGCAGUCAUCGCAGGCACCGUCACCAUGGAAACAAACACAAGAAGAGGAGCAUUGACCGGGCCCUCACCUUGGAGGAGGGUAGUGAGUCUCCUGUUUAUGACACUCCCUCCCAGAGAGUGCAGUUCCUGCUGGGCACUGAGGACGAUGACGAGGAGCACAUCCCUCAUGACCUCUUCACGGAGAUGGAUGAAAUCUGUGUGAGGGAUGGAGAGGAUUCUGAGUGGAGGGAAAGCGCCAGGUGGCUGAAGUUCGAGGAGGAUGUUGAGGAUGGAGGAGAGCGAUGGAGUAAACCCUACGUAGCCACUCUGUCUCUACACAGUCUGUUUGAGCUGCGAAGCUGCAUUAUCAACAGCACCGUGCUGCUCGACAUGAGGGCUAAUACCAUCGAAGAGAUCUCAGACAUGGUGUUGGACCACCAAGAGUUAUACUCACCACUGGGAGAUGAACUCAGAAAGAAAGUGCGUGAAACACUGCUGAAGCAGCACCAUCAUCAGAGCCAGAAGAAGCUGGCUAAUCGGCUGCCGAUCGUACGCUCAUUUGCUGACAUGAGUCGACGGGCGUCGGAGCUCCACCUGGACAAGAACGGUCAGAUAACGUCCUCACAGUCUCACUUAGCGUGUCCAGACGGGAAAGGAGACACCAGCAGAGAAAACAGUUCUGUGGACUUUAGCAAGAUAGACCUUCAUUUCAUGAAGAAGAUCCCGAUAGGGGCCGAGGCGUGUAACGUCUUAGUGGGAGAGCUGGAAUUUCUGAACAAGCCUGUGGUGGCGUUUGUCCGCCUCUCACCGGCGGUCCUGCUCAGUGGGCUCACAGAAGUCCCUAUCGCCACAAGGUUUCUGUUUAUCCUUUUAGGGCCUGUAGGUAGAGCGCCUCAGUAUCAUGAGAUUGGGAGGUCCAUUGCAACACUCAUGACAGAUGAGGUUUUCCAUGAUGUCGCCUAUAAAGCUAAAGACCGCAAUGAUCUGAUCGCUGGGAUUGACGAAUUCCUCGAUCAAGUGACAGUCCUGCCUCCAGGAGAGUGGGACCCAUCCAUACGUAUAGAGCCACCAAAAAAUGUACCAUCACAGGAGAAGAGGAAGAGAAGUAACAUUUUACCUAACGGAUUAGUAGAGGGUGACGAGGAAGAGGAAGACGGUGGCCACGCGGGUCCAGAACUGCAACGAACUGGGAGGUGGUUUGGUGGCCUGUUUCUAGACAUCAAGCGCAAGGCACCCCACUACCUGUCCGACUACACUGAUGCCAUUAGUCUACAGUGUGUGGCCUCUUUCCUCUUCCUCUACUGUGCCUGCAUGUCCCCUGUCAUCACCUUCGGAGGACUAUUGGGCGAGGCAACAGAAGGACGCAUCAGUGCAAUUGAGUCGCUGUUCGGAGCCUCGCUGACUGGAAUAGCCUAUUCUCUGUUUUCUGGGCAGCCCCUCACCAUCCUGGGCAGCACAGGGCCAGUGCUUGUGUUUGAAAAGAUAUUGUUCAAAUUCUGCAAGGAGUAUGGCUUGUCCUAUCUGUCACUGAGAGCCUGUAUCGGCCUGUGGACAGCUUUUCUCUGCAUUGUGCUGGUGGCUACGGACGCCAGUUCCUUGGUUCGCUACAUCACUCGUUUUACAGAGGAAGCCUUCGCCUCACUCAUCUGCAUCAUCUUCAUCUAUGAGGCCUUAGAGAAACUUGUCCACCUGGGAGACCACUAUCCCUUCAACAAGAACAACAACCUGGACAAACUCACCAUGUACUCAUGUUCAUGUGUUGAGCCUUCUGACCCCUCCAAUGGCACCCUGAAGUAUUGGGAGAUCAACAAUGUUACUGCCUCAGAAAUCUACUGGGAAGCACUGGAGGUCAAGGAUUGUAUUGAAAAGCGUGGGGAGUUUGUGGGCAGCGCCUGCGGCCCCCAUGGUCCCUACGUUCCUGACGUCCUCUUCUGGUGUGUCAUUCUCUUCUUUUCCACCGUCCUCAUGUCCGCCUUCCUCAAGGAAUUCAAGUUCAGCAAUUACUUUCCUACAAAGGUGAGGGCCAUCAUCAGUGACUUUGCUGUUUUCUUCACCAUCCUUACUAUGGUCUUAGUCGACUACGGCUUAGGGAUCCCCUCUCCAAAACUACAGGUUCCCAGUGUGUUUAAGCCAACCCGGGAUGAUCGAGGUUGGUUGAUCAACCCACUGGGGCCCAAUCCCUGGUGGACUGCAGUCAUUACGGUGCUUCCAGCUCUGCUUUGUACCAUCCUCAUCUUCAUGGACCAGCAGAUCACUGCUGUCAUCAUCAACAGGAAGGAACACAAACUCAAGAAAGGCUGCGGUUACCACCUGGAUCUCUUCAUGGUGGGGGUGAUGCUUGGCGUGUGCUCUGUGAUGGGCUUGCCGUGGUUCGUAGCAGCCACCGUCCUCUCCAUCACCCACGUCAACAGCCUGAAGCUUGAGUCAGAGUGCUCGGCGCCUGGAGAGCAGCCCAAGUUCCUCGGCAUCAGAGAGCAACGCUUCACUGGCCUCAUGAUCUUCACCCUCAUGGGCUGCUCUGUCUUCAUGACAUCCGUGCUGAAGUUCAUUCCUAUGCCUGUGUUGUAUGGAGUAUUCCUCUACAUGGGAGCAUCUUCUCUCAGAGGCAUUCAGUUCUUUGACCGUCUGACACUGUUCGCUAUGCCAGCUAAGCACCAGCCGGACUUCGUCUAUCUACGACAUGUACCCCUGAGGAAAGUGCACCUCUUCACCAUCAUCCAGCUCAGCUGUUUGGUUCUGCUCUGGCUCAUCAAGACCUCCAAGGCUGCCAUUGUGUUUCCCAUGAUGGUGUUGGCUCUGGUGUUCAUCAGGAAGCUAAUGGACUGUUUCUUUACCAAGAGAGAGUUGAGCUGGCUGGAUGACCUCAUGCCAGAGAGCAAGAAGAAGAAGCUUGAGGAUGCUGCAGAGGAGGAGGAGGAGCAGAGUAUACUGGCAGAAGAUGAGGCAAUAGUGCAAGUACCAUUAGAAGGGUACAAAGGAAUACCAAUCAUCAACAUCACAGAUGAAAUGUCAAAAGGUUCUUUUGGAAAUACCUGGAAUGCAAACAGCUAAACUAUUUGAGAAAGACCUCAAAACUUUAUAUAUAUCACAACACGGGUGUGCGAGACGAGAAACGUAAGAUGAAGAAGAUGGAGGACAGCUUUGUGAGUCUUUGUAACUGUCCCUUCUGUGUGUUCGUAGACACGUCCGCAUUUCGAACAACCUUUCAAUAUUAAGUCUUAUAAAUCUGUGUGUAAGUGAAUAAUUGUGUUAUCUGACGUGUCACAAACCUUACUAUCUUCUUGUGUUAAUGUUUUUACUCUCUAAAUCCGGACACUGAAUGUAAGUUAUGUAAAUGUAAAAGAUUGGUAUUGCUAAAAGACUGUUUUCAAGUUUCUGUCUAAAAAAAAAAAAAAGUAUUCAUUUUGUUAUAAACUUUGCAUUUUGAAUUGCCAUCAUAUCAACUUAUCCCUGGAUUGCUUAUCUAUUUAUGCACCGAUUCCCUCUCGUUCUUUAUUCUUUAACUUCUCUGUAGACGUUGGUGUGAAACUGAAUGUGAUCGUCUAGUAGAUAUUUUUAAAGCCUAUGAUCAUUCUUGAUCAUAACCAUAUAAAAAUCCUCUGAAAAGCCAUACACAAAUGUGUAGAAAUCUCAAUAACGUAAAAUAAAAUACACAUUUGUGAUGUCUGUGUAUCAGCUGAGACCAUUUUGAAUCCCAUGUAAUAAUUGGGACUGACAGGACUGAAUGCUUUAAAGUGAUCAAUAAAGGGCAAUAUUCAUAUGUCUCUUGAGAACCAAAUGCAACAGCACUUUUUGCCAAAACUAUUUAUUUAUAUGAUAAAUUAUUUAUCUACGUUUAUUUUAUGGAAUAAAAUGUUUGCUACCAAAAACCUUGUAGUCUAACAGAGACUCGCAGUAUUUUGCUUCCUGGUGACAGUGUAUUGCUUAUUUUGUAAAUGUAAAUUUGAAUACAAAUUGUUUUAAUGUUUCUAUAAAGUUUGGUGAGUCAUAAAUUAAAAAGCGUCAUCGCAGGCGCAAUUAACCUUAAAAACAUUUCUAAUUCUGUUAUGCAUCUGAGGAUUACAAUGAAAAGUGGAGUUUGGAAAUAACUUGGGAUGGGCUUAUUUUUAAAAAUACGCAAUUUUAUUAUUUAUUAUGUAUAUCUUGUCAUUGUUAUUUUAACUUAAUAAAUUUCU